UUCGAUACGGGGAUGUAAACAGUGGCAGCUUAUUUUUUUCCCGAGAAAGCAAAAUAGAAACGGAAAGCGAAGACUCCCUGACGCAGGUCCAAGAGUCCGAUGCUCGUUGAGCAGCUCGAGUGAAAACACCAGCGGUGCCGACAGCAUCACAGGGGACAGUGCGCAGUGCGGUUCAGAAAAUGUGAUGCGGGUCCAGCAGGCGCGAUGUGUGAAGCGACAGCCGAAGGCUACAACAGCUCCCCGGCGGGAACGAGUUGUCCCUCGACGGAGACAGGAUCUCAGCCAGCCCAGUUGACUCGUCGCGAACUAACGCUACUAGCCCAAAUCAACAGUCUGCUCUUUGGUGUAGUUCGUAUGCACCUGCCAGAAAACCAGAAUAAGAAGGCGCUUAUCGAGAAAGGAGUUCAGGCUCUCGAACGAGUGAUCAUAGACGUUCGCCGUCGGGCGGACCGCAAGGAACGCUGUCGCCGAAAAAAGCAGAGAACGCGGACGCCGUCCCAACGGAGACGGCAACAGCAGCAGUCCAAAAGAACACAGCAGCAGCAACAAUCUCAGCGAGAGCAGCCGCUCCAACAAGUUAAUGGAGAAAUCACAUCAGUGCAAACUCAAUCGACGUCGCCUUCUUCGGGAGCUAGCGCGGCGCUUGUGGCCGCUGCGGGAGGAGCUCGGGAAAAGGAACAGACCGAGAUGAAGGAGGAGCCGAUGGAUGUCGACGAAAUCCAGAUGAACGGACACCACGUUACGGACGACGAGGUCGCCCGCUUAACGGCUCAGAGCACGAAGCUAAACGGCGAGUGCUCAUCAGAGAACGGUUCGCAGAAAGCCGAGCCGGCGGAACGCUCUGAGAUCCCGGUGGAGUUGUGGGCGAAGUUAGGACAUUUCAACCUGUUACUCGAAGACUACGAGAAGGCGCUGUCAGCCUACCAGAAAUAUAUCCACUUGCGCGAGGAUUACUGGAACGAUCUGAGCUUCAUGUACGGCCUUGCCAUGGUUUAUUUUCAUUAUUCUCAAUUCGAAUGGUCGAUUCGAGCCUUCCGGGAAAUUCUCUAUCUCGAGCCGGAGUUCUGUAAAGCGGCCGAGAUCCACGUGCGACUCGGACUCAUGUACAAAGUCCGAGGAGACUAUGUGGAAGCGCAGAAGUGCUUCGACUUCGUCGCGGGUGCUAUCGAUGAGGACAAAUUAUCAAUUUCGAAAUUCGAGCUUCAAUUCCAUCAAGCCCACCUGUUCGAAGUGCAGGGCAAGACGCGGCAGGCCAAAGAGUUAUACGAGAGUUUGUUGGAGAACCUCCAGCUACCGAAGGGCGUGAAGGCCGAGGUCUUGCGUCAGUUGGGCUGGAUGUAUCACUCACAGGAGUUGGGACCAUUGAAAGGAUGCUCGAUCCUUCCUCCGUUGCCGCCGAGUGCGGCGACGCCGAUGCAAGCUAACCAGCAACGACAGUCAUUCGCCAUCCAGUGCCUUCAGAAGAGCAUCGAGUGCGACCCGACAAGUGGACAGAGUCUUUACUUCCUGGGUCGUUGUUUUGCCGCUAUCGGCAAGGUACACGAUGCCUUUAUAUCGUAUCGGAACUCUGUCGACAAAGCCGAGGCUAACGCUGAUACGUGGUGUAGCAUCGGAGUUCUAUACCAACAACAGUCGCAGCCCAUGGACGCUUUGCAAGCGUACAUUUGUGCUGUCCAGCUGGAUAAAUUACAUUCGCCGGCGUGGCUGAACCUCGGCGUGCUGUAUGAGGCUGUUAAGCAACCUAGCGAUGCAUUGAAGUGUUACAUAAAUGCUCUGCAGGGCUCGCUCUUCAGCCCCGAUUCCAACUUGAACACUUGUCAACUCCCUUGAGGGUUUCCAGCAGCCAAACCAGAUCUCUCACUGGGCUCUUAUUGUUAGGAUGAACCAACGACCGACCGAACGACUAACUGGCUGACACACUGACUGAUCGCAACAUCAGCGGUACGACCGACAAACGGAUGGACUUGAAGACUGGCCAUGGAUGGACUUGAAUGGAGAUGGUCACUGUUCAGAUAAUCCGUUCGACGAUCGAGUCAGCGGGGGAGUCUCUUUCGAGCUAUUCAUGAUAUGUCUUUGUCGGCGAUUCGUGUCGACUAAUGUCACUGUUUGG